CUCAUUGUCCCCUCUGCUCCACAUAAACAGAUUCAUUCUGCGGACAUCUUCGCCAUAGUGUUUUCUUCGUUUUCUAAUCAAGAUUAAGUGAGAUUGAAGGGAAAGUGAUGGGAGGGCUGACGUGCAACGCCUGCAAUAGGGAGUUUGAAGACGAUGCGGAGCAGAAGCUCCAUUACCGUUCAGAAUGGCAUCGAUACAAUCUUAAGAGAAAGGUAGCUGGAGUUCCUGGGGUUACAGAAUCUUUGUUUCAAGCUAGACAAUUAGCUUUAGCUGAAGAACAUGAAAAGACGAGCGAAGCACCUAUGUUAUACUGUUGUGCCCUUUGUGGGAAGGAGUAUAGGAGCUCCAAAGCUCACUCUCAACAUCUCAAAUCAAGAAUGCAUACAAUGAAAGCUUCUCAAGAGUCAACACAGAUGGCUAGCAUUACUAUAAUUAAGCCUCUUACGGAUCGUUUACCAACCAAGUCGGCUUCCAUUAGUAAAAUUCCAACACUAGGAGAAGGGAACGAUGAAGAAAAUGAUGAGAGUGAGGACUCUGAAUGGGAGGAGGUUGAUCCAAAUGAAGCUAUGGAGGAGGCAUCUGAAUCUUUAACGCGUCUUCACGUCAAUGGAAUUACUUCAAGCUCUGGUUUUGUCAAGAGUGAGGCGAUGGAUGAAGAUGAGGAGUUGGAUGUCUCGUGUUGUUUUAUUUGUGAUCGUAAACAUGAUGGUAUCGAAAGAUGUAUGGUUCACAUGCACAAAGAGCAUGGCUUCUUUAUUCCUGAUGUUGAGUAUUUGAAUGAUCCCACGGGACUUUUGACAUAUGUUGGCCUUAAGGUCAAAAGGGAUUUCACAUGCUUGUAUUGCAAUGAAAGAUGCCAGCCUUUUCAGAGCUUGGAGGCAGUAAGAAAACACAUGAUUGCAAAAGGGCACUGCAAACUUCGCUACGGUGAUGGGGGGGAUGACGAGGAUGGAGAUCUGGAAGACUUUUAUGACUAUAGCAGCAGUUACACGGACAAGGAUGGGAAGCAACUAGUGGCGCUGGGCGGCGACUCAUCACGAAGUGUUGAGCUUGGAAGUGGAGGGGCUGAGUUAAUUAUAACACAAAAGACCGAAAAUGGGACGACGGUUCGCAUUUUUGGUUCGAGAGAGUUUCUUCGUUACUAUCGCCAGAAACCUCGUCCGUCUCGUGACAGCAACAUUGAACUCGCUAUCUCAUUAGCUUCCAGGUAUCGAAGCAUGGGCUUGGCGACAAACCCAAACUCAGUGAGGAUGAAGAUUCUGAAGGAGAUGAACCGCAGCGGCGUUGAUGCGAUGCGCACAAAAAUUGGAAUGAAGAGCAAUGUGAUCAGGAAUCUUCCCAAGAAUGUCCCUUAUUAGUUUUUUAUUUUUUAUUUUAUUUUAUUUUUGCAUAUAUUACCAUUUCCCACCUCUAUGUGGGUAUAAAGGUAAACUUUUUAUUUAAAUAAGAU